AAUAUUUUAAAAACCGUACAAUUUUAAUAAUGUAAGAAAAGAAAAAAGUGGCAUUAUUUUAGUCAAAUAUAAUGUCUAUUCACAGAUUAGUAGCUGUUUCUAGGUUGAUGUUACAAUGUAAUCGUUUUUGUUCAGUUCCAUUAGGAAAAUAUCAUCAAAAACGAAAUCCAACAUAUCAUGAAAAUGGGUUUCUGAUACAGCGUUGCACAAAACACACAAACACCAUAAAACAUGAAAAAGAGAAACUUAGGACAUAUAUUAUACAAAGAUAUAUAGAUUAUGUUAAAAACUACACCAAAGUAUUAGAAAACAGAUUUCCUUCGGCAAUGAGAAUGUACAGAGUUUUUAGUGUAGGCAUUAAAGAGUUCUUAAAGGAUUUAAAAACCUACAUAUCACUGAGAUUUAAAAUAGCUAAAAAUGGUGGUUUCUCUAACAUGUCUCGCCAAGAUAUAGAAUUAUAUCAGAAAAUGCCUUCAGAUAUGUGGAGGAUUGCUCCCGUUCUAAUAUUAUCAGCUGUACCAUUUGGAAACUAUGUGAUAUUUCCUCUAGCAUUUUUAAAACCAAAGAAGUUGUUAAGUUCUCAUUUCUGGUCAAUACAACAAAAAGCUGAAUUUACCGUACAAGAUCUUACUGACCGUCUUAAGAAUAACAAGCCGGUUUUUCGUGCACUUCAAGCAAAAAUGAACUCAGUUUCUUCGGGUGACAUGAAAAAACAAUGGAAAAGGAUUAUUGGUUUACUUGGUUCUGGUGUUCAUCCAACCGCACAAGAAGUACUGGCUUGUAAGGAUUUAUUCAGCAAAGAACCAUACAGUUUAUCUAAUUUGACUUAUUCCCACAUGGGUUACUUGCUUAAAAUGUAUGGAUUAAAAAAAAGUAUAUUCAGGAGGAAAAAAUUGAAAUACAAAGCAUUUUUACUUUUACAAAUGGAUAAGGCUAUUGUAAGGGAAGGUGGUGUAGAAACAUUGAGCACAGAUGCUCUACGAAAUGCAUGUCUUAUCAGAGGUUUAAAUAGUAGUCACUUAUCUAACCAAGACAUGAGGGACUGGCUUCUACAGUGGCUGCAAGUAUCGGAAAAUAUUGAUUCAAAUUCAUUUUCUUUGUUACUUCAUUGUCCUAUAUUUUUUGCAUACAAUCAUCCUCAAAAUUGGGUGCUAAUUUAUUGAAUGUUUUUAGCUUACCUUAAAAACUGUAUAUAUAUGUAUAAAAUAUUGAAAAAGUAGCAACAUAUUGACAUUUAAAAAAAUAUGAUAACAGUGUGCUUUAUUAACAAAAGUUUCUGACAGUUUUUUUAAGGAGCGCAAAUAUAGUACCCCAGUUUUAUCAUGUCCAUAAUUAACACCUCAAUGGUCAAAUAAAAGAACAUCUCAUUAUUAGAAAAUCACCUAUUUAACAUUGAUUUACUAUUUAUAGUUAAGGAAAUAAAUUUCUUGUAACAUA